CAACCGUCACAGAAUGCGAGUGCGUGCAUUAACACAGUGCAGUACUAGGACUUGAUACCUUCCUCGGAGUAGGACGCUGAAAUUGGGACAAAGCAGCACUUUGAUCCUCUUGCGCGUCUUCAAGGAUCACGUUUGGAUAUUGGCAGUGUUUUAUCUAAAGCGCCGAGUAAUUAAACAGCCCCAGGAAGAUAAAUACGGGACAAAACCAUUCAACUUGUUAGUCAAUCAGACUGUGGUACGUGACAUACUGUAAACAUGGCAGACGAGGAAAACCCAGGAAGUCCAACGGCAGGGAGUCCUAAGCCCGCUGAAAGCCCCCGUCAAGGCAGCCCGAGACGGGACAGUCCCCGACACAGCGUGGCAUCAGCGCCUCGCUCUCCUCGCUCGCCGAGGAAGUCGCGUGCGAACAAAAUCUACCGCACACCCCCGACCCCCCCACCCGAGGAAAUGCUGGCCAUGGAGAAGGGGUUCAUACGGGACAAUAUAGCUUGUGGAAGUAUAGCCGGGGACUAUGCUAAGGCCAACCCCAAGGUGGGACCGGUCGUCCCUCCUUAUAAUGGUCAGAAGGAUAAACAUGCCAGACCGUAUUUUGGCUUUCACAGCGUGCCACAGAGUCUCAAGUUUUAUGACCAGGAAGAUGGCGGCUGUUCAAUAGAAGGCAAAGUGAUGGACAGGUUCCACGAGGCAGGUGCAGGACAUCAGUAUUUAGUUCUAAGAAACCAAUUUGGAGCAGGUCACUCCAGUGAAGAUGUAGAUGGUCACUCUCAGUUUAUGCAGGGGGUCAAGCCGGUCAUCGGAUACCACGGCCCUUACGGGUUCCGCAGGAACACGCCCUGGCUCAGAGCGGAGCCUUCCCCUUUCGGACCACCGACGCGUUCACCUCUGCAUUAACUUUAAAAAAAAUUUGAAAAAAAAACUUUGAAAAAACUUAACUUACUAGUUACGCUCACUUUUACUCUCUGCCUACAGGGUGCGCUAGUUGUUUGUUACAAAAAUGUUGAAUGGCGCACAGUGUAAUUUUGUAUAUUAUCUUAGGAGCUCCUGAUACAUGUAUCAGAGGGUAGCUUACUCCUAUAUCUGGUACAUGACUUCUUUAACACUGAAAUGGCCACCAACAUUAUACAAUGUAAGACUUUUUUCACUGAUCGAUUGCAAUAGUGACGAUGAUAUGGUGAAGUCUUUUACUCUCCAAUAUUUGUCAAUAAGUGCCUUGUUUAAAACAGGGAGUUAUAUUCUGUUCGUAGCUGGUGAGGCUUAAACAUUAUGAAGAUGCCAAUCUUUGUUUGUUUUCAGAAAUAAAGUAGUCACAUUUUGAAUCAAAGCAUUCUGCCCACGCUUUCAUCUGAAUCAGACCAAAAGCAUCUAUUUCAUUAUUGGAAACUUAACCAACCUUCAUCUUUCCAAUACAGUCUCAAAACUCAAUUUGAUCUCCCGUCUAAAAUUAGACGUCGGUAGUUGCUAUCUCCGUCGCUUUUUGGAUCGUUUUAUUAGAGGACAUUGAUGUCAUGUCUCAGGAAAUGAGCAUGUUCAGUGAUUGGAAAACCGUCAAGUUCGCAGCCAUACCUGUUAUUAUAUGAAGCUUAUCUAUAUCUUUAUUGAUCCUUUUUUCAUACACUGGGCUGGACUUGAACAUUUUUACAGAGAUGUAUAAAAAAAGUAUGAAAAUUAUGCUUUCUACGCUUAAAGUGGGACCCGAUUGAAGCUCCCCAUUGGGCGACGCCUGUUUUAUGCUGUCAGUGAUCGUCAAAUGUUUGUCGUCACAAUUCAAGAUUCAAGAUUUUAAAAUAUCUUUUUUUCCUUCUCCUUCAAGCAAGCUUGACAUUUUAUCGUUGUCUAGCUUUCCGCCAUUCAUGUAAUACGUUAUCGCGUCAAUAUACUGUGUGCGGAAGGCCUACACAUACUAUAUACCCUCUACCAGGGUGGCAGAUAUUAUAAGGAAAUUUUCCAAAAGCCAGAAAAACCAAAUGGCCGUCUAUUUAUCUAAAGACAUCCGUGAAU